AUGGCGGAUGAUCGAGCAGCCACGUCUCCGGACAGAAAGCCGGAAAUGGCGACCUCUGGGCUCACUGUUGGGCCAAAGGGGACCAUGAUCAUCACCGCACCUGAGCCAAGCCAUGCGGAUAUGUUUUAUGCCACUACAAAUGGCCAAUAUUGUGGAAACUGGCACAAUGGACUUCCAGGACACCAGUUGGGUGAUGUGCCUCCCAUCAGCGACAUCUUGGGCGCCCGGCCAACAAUCAAGAAGCCGGUACGUCCCAUUCAGACAACAGCCAAGUGUGUCCUGGCAAACCAGAUCGCAGAAGAGAGGAGGUCCAUGGAAGCAGACAAGGUUCUUUCAGCAGAUGUCGUGCCAAAGAAGUUCCCAGUCCAGGCGCAGAACUACUGCUAUCCUCCAAGCGGAAAGCGAGGUGCUAACAAUCCUUUGUAUGCCACGAGCGCGCAAGCAUAUGGUAGUGAGAUGCCAAUGGAACAUCAGGUCCCUGAUCGCUAUUUCCCUAGCACCAAUCAGUUCACCAAGGGCUUCGUGGACACCAAGCCCAGAUUUACGGGGCUCAGCACGGCCCCGACGCCUUCCAAGGUGCACAAGGAGCUGGACAUGUUCUACUGA